AUUUCAAGCACUUCUCAUUCUAACAAGGUUCCAAGAGCUUCUCAUUCUAACAAAGUUUCAAAUUCUAACGCUUCUCAUCCUAACAAAGUUUCAAAUUCAAACGCAUCUCAUCCUAACAACAAAGUUUCAAAUUCUAACGCAUCUCAUCCUAACAAAGUUUCAAAUUCUAACGCAUCUCAUCCUAACAAAGUUUCAAAUUCUAACGCAUCUCAUCCUAACAAAGUUUCAAAUUCUAACGCAUCUCAUCCUAACAACAAAGUUUCAAAUUCUAACGCUUCUCAUCCUAACAAAGUUUCAAGU